GUUGGGGUUCAUGUGUCAUGACAGUGUCAUGUCACUCUUAUGUUGAUACUGUCAAGUAAAGUGUUACAGAGUACUUUUAGUAUUGUCCACAAAAAACACAAAAAUACAGUAUUGUAUUUUAAUGCAUGCGGCUACUGUAUGUUGUAGUUUAUUUUGAUACACUUAAAAUUAAGAUAUUUCAAUUUUUUAUUUUAAAAUACAUGUUGAUGUAUUUUCGCCCUGAUACUAAGCAUGCUGCGUAAAAGACCCACUGCUUUAGUGACUUUGAAAAUCAAAGUGCCUCUAUUCUCCCUCUUUGAGACUCAUUUUGGGUGUUCUCUGUAAAAUAAAUUUGACUUUUUUGUUUUACUUUCUCCAAUUAGAGAAUCAAAUUGGGCUCACCUGGCACCACUGCUGCAGUCUGUAUGAGGAGAUAGCAUAGGUCCAACCUCUACACUUGCUUUUGAAUUACAGGGGUAGGCUACAACCGAAAUGUUCUACAAUGGAGACCACAUAUCUUUGGCCUUUUCCCUGCUGAUUUUACCAGGUGUCAUCAUCAGUACUAACACUGCAGGAUCAUGGAAUGUCUCCUCCCCUUCAAGAUUAUGUGCUUUAACUGGAUCAUCAGUAACCAUUUUCUGCACUUACAGAUAUCCUCAAGAACACACUGUGACAGAUGUGUCUUGGUACAGCAACAAAGAUAACAAACGCCUGACUGAAAGUGAACGUUUCAAAAACAGAGGCCAAUUUCUUGGGGAUAAAAAGAAUAACUGCUCACUGAGAAUUAAUGGUCUGAGGGAAAGCGAUUCCAAAGAAAAAUACAAGUUCUGGUUUAGAACAAAUAGCAGUGAAUUUUCUGGGGCAGGUGUUACUUUAUCCGUCACAGCUCUGCGGGUGAUGAUGAGUCCAAAAACAGUGACAGAAGGGCGGAGUGUUACACUGACCUGCAGCACCACCUGCAGUCUAGGCAACUCCACCACCUACAUCUGGUACAAGAACGGCCUACCUGUGUCAACCACACACACACCAGACAACACGUUCUCCAUCAACAAGAUCCGCGUCACAGAUGAAGGCAGAUACUCCUGUGCUGUGACGGGACACGAUGAUCAUCCGUCCGACUUUGUGACCCUCAGUGUUAGAUACGCUCCCAGAAACACCACAGCAUUGCUGAGCUUGUACAUAAAUGAAGGUACUUCAGUGGCAGUAAUCUGCAGCAAGGACGCCCCCGCAUUGCUCAGUCUCUCCAUUAAGGAACACACUUCAGUGACUUUGACCUGCAGCAGUGAUGCCAAGCCCUCUGUUCGCCACUACUCCUGGUAUAAGAAGAUCGGAGCCAAAUCCUCCCUGAUGGUAUUUGGGCAGAAUUACAGCAUCACGGAUGCCAAGGUGGCCGACAGUGGCCAGUAUUACUGUAAGGCAGAAAACAUAGUGGGAGCGACGGAAUCUUCAACUCUUCCUUUAAAUGUAUACAAGGUCACCACAGGACUGCGAUCAGCUGUGCUAGUCCCAGCCAUCAUUGUUGUGGCCAUUGCAGUGAGCUUCGUGUGUUGGUGGAGAAGGACAGCAGAGCGAGCCUCUGGAGUGCAUUCCCAGGGGCCUGAUGCAACCUCCUUAUGGCACAUGCAUAGCUCCGAAUCCCAGAGCAAGAUCAUCUGAGAAGGACACUCUUGAUGUAUGUCCUUGACAUAAACAGGCAGACGAAUUGUAAAUGAAAUAUAUUAUUCUUUACAUUUUAAUUUGUGUAUAGUUUGUGUGUCCUGUUGCUAGCAGUUCAGGAUCCCAGCCAGUCAUUGUGUCCAAUGAUGAAUACGGAAGCCACUGUAGACACAAGCUCAUGCUGAACCUACUCACUUCCAUACUCCUUAACCAACAGGCAGAAGGAUUUUACAGAUACACAUGAAUAGUGUGUGUGUGUGUGUGUGUGUGUGUGUGUGUGUGUGUGUGUGUGUGUGUGUGUGUGUGUGUGUGUGUGUGUGUGUGCGUGCGUGCAUAAAGUGGACAUAUACAAGUUAAAUUUUGUAAGUAAACACAAGAAAUAACAUGCAUACUUAAGUGAUCAUGUAUUGAUGUAUGAAAUGCCAUUAUCAUUCAUUUUUUUUCAAUUCAUCAUGAUAAAAUGAAAAAAUAUUAUUUUAUUUUUUUCUAUUGCCUGUGAUGAUUUAGUUCACUGCAGUUUUAGUAUUGUUUAUGUUGUGCUAUUUGUAUCAUAUUCUGUAUUCUGCUGUUUGUUUUCAAAGCCAGUGUGUUAUGAUUAUGUAUAUAGUCAACUAUUUUGAGUCUAUGGUGUUGUUAACUGUUUAUGUUAAUAGGCUAUGUACAAUCAUGUUCAUAGGUUAUGAUUGUUUUGCUAAUAUUGUUUUAUAACAAUAGGCCUACAUAAUUAAAGCAUGUGUUUUCCAACAUAAAUAAAA